AUGCCUCCAAGAAAGUUCCGUUUUGGACCACCUACGCAAUCCCAGCAGAGGAAAAGAGAAAGAGCAGAAGAAACUGAAGACCAGCUGAGCAAGAGAUGGAGAGAAGACACAGAAAGGCAUGCAGCUUCACGAGCGUCAUACAAUCAAGAACAAGCGGAUCUAAGACGAAGAUUAGAUGUUCAUCGGACUGCAGCAGCAAGACAGUCUGAAAAUCAAGGAAAAGCUGACAGAAGACGUAUAUUAGAUGCUAAACAGGCUGCAGCAGCAAGACAGUUUAAAAAUCAAGAAGAAACUGACAGAAGACGUACAUUAAAUGCUCAACGGACUGCAGAAGCUAGACAUUGUGAAACUCAAGAUGAAAUUGAAAUGAGACGUAGCAUGGAAACUCAGCGGACUGCAGCUGCCAGGCAAUCUGAAACUCCAGAAAUAGAUCUAUCUAUCUAUCUAUCUAUCUAUCUAUCUAUCUAUCUAUCUAUCCCCUUGCGGUGGGUAAUGAUCAGCAAGUUAGUCUAG